AUGGCUGAGGAAUUUUCUGGUAGAACUCCUAAGGAGAUUGGCUCCCGGAACUACCAUGCAGGCUACUCCAUGUUUGGGCAUGGACAUUGUUGUAUAUGUGUGGGCAUUGUGGGCAGUGGCGCAGCAUUGGCAGAUGCCCAGAAUGCCAGCCUCUUUGUCAAGAUCCUCAUUGUGGAAAUCUUUGGCAGUGCCAUUGGGCUCUUUGCAAUCAUCGUGGCUAUCCUGCAGGUGUCUAAAGUGAAAAUGAGCAGCAUGUCUGUCUGCCAACUGCAGACUCUGUACAUAUUGAUUAUUUGA